AUGGAGCAAGGCGGCAGCUGCAGCCGGUGGAGUCCUAAUGUUCCAGAAGGUGAUGGUCAGGGCGCUUGCACGCCAAGCCAUCGGCACACCGCCGAUUCUUCAAACGAAGGGGAGAGCGAUCGAGAUGCGAUCGUGCAUUUUCAUUGGGAGCCUGGGCAACUGCUGAAUCGAAGGUAUCGACUGCACUCUCUUGCUGGCGAAGGGACAUUUGGCCGAGUCUGCCUGGCCACCGACACGACGAAAAAAACCCAGGUCGCGAUCAAGAUCAUUCGCGAUGUCACGCAGUUUAGAGAGGCCGCACAAGAGGAGGCAGCCAUCUUGGCGACUAUUUGUGCAGCUGACCCGUGGGGGCAAUUUCGUUGCUGCCGGAUGCACACUUCCUUCCUUCACGACUCCAGGUUCUUCUGCAUGGUCCUUGAGCCUUUGGGCUGCAGCCUGUACGAGUCCAUCAAGGCGAACGAUUACAGAGGGUUUUGGCUUCAGGACAUUCAGAUCAUUGCAAAGCAGCUCUUGUAUGCCCUGAACUUCUUGCAUACGAAGAUGAGAUAUACCCACACGGACUUGAAGCCAGAGAACAUCAUGUUGACCAGCAUGGAGCCUGCAAGGCCGGAGUGGUUUCCAAGGGAGGAGUUCUGCGAGGGCGACGGAGUGCUGCGCAAGAAGAAAAGGAGUCGCCACCAGUACCUGCGACCACGUAGUGCGGGCAUCAAGAUCAUCGACUUUGGCAACACGAUUCGGGAACAUGAUCGCCGCGAAACCAUCAUCAACACGCGGCAGUAUCGGGGCCCUGAGGUGAUUUUGGAGCUUGGCUGGGAUGAGAAGUCCGAUCUUUGGUCAGCUGGCUGCAUCCUCAUGGAGCUGUACACUGGUGAGAUGCUCUUUGGUACGCAUGAGAACAUGGAACACCUGGCUCUUGUGGAGGAGAUCCUUGCUCCGCUGUACCGAUCUCGGCAAGCAUUGAAACCGACUUAG